AUGUCGACGGAGUGGCUUGCGGCCUUUGGCACGGGUGGGCUCCCAGGUGAGCCCACAUUGAUGGAAGAACUUGAUAUCAAUUUUCCCCAUAUCAUGGACAAAUCGCUCGCUGUGCUGAAUCCGUUCCACCAGUAUUCGCCAGACCACAACAAGGACGCGCAUUUGAUGGAUGAUACCGACUUGGCGGGUCCUCUGCUGUUUUGCUUCGUGUUUGGUGUCUUGCUACUCUUUUCUGGCAAGUCCCAGUUUGGUUACGUGUAUGGCGUCGGACUUAUGGGGGUGAUUUCGAUUUACCUCCUCCUCAACCUCAUGUCGGAAGGCGGAAUCGAUGCAUCGCGCGUCACGAGCGUGCUCGGCUACUGCCUGCUUCCACUGUGUCUUCUCAGUGCUAUUAACGUGUUUGUCAAGCUGAAUGGCGUUUUUGGUUUCGUGAUAUCCCCACUAUUUAUAUUAUGGUGCUGCACGUCGGCAUCGGGCAUUUUCGUGUCGAUCCUCAACUUGCAAAACCAACGCUUCCUCGUCGCGUACCCCGUGGGUCUCUUUUAUGCAUGCUUUGCUCUACUAAGUGUAUUUGACGUCGGAUCAGCCAAGUAA